AUGUCUUCCAAGGCCAUCCGCGAAUACGACGCCAAGCUGCUCCUCGCGUACUGGCUCGAGCGCGCGCCGGCAGUCGCACUCUCUGCAAAGAUCGCGACGCCAUUCGUGUUCCCCCAGCCAAAGGUCGCACAGAUCUCCUGGGAUCCAGAGACCGGCGCGAUCACGCCAGACACCCAGCUGCCUUCCUGGGUCUUCACCUCCAAGCUCGUCGCAAAGCCCGACCAGCUCAUCAAACGCCGCGGAAAGGCUGGCCUCCUCGCGCUCAACAAGUCCUGGGACGAGGCCCGGGCAUGGAUCGCUGAGCGUGCAGGAAAGCCCCAAAAGGUCGAGAGCACUACCGGCACCCUCAACAACUUCAUCGUCGAGCCGUUCCUCCCGCACCCAUCCAACACGGAGUACUAUGUCUGCAUCAACUCGAAUCGUGAAGGCGACGAGAUCCUGUUCACCCACGAGGGUGGUGUGGAUAUCGGUGAUGUUGACGCCAAGGCACUCCGCCUCGCCAUCCCAGUCGGCAAGGAGUUCCCCUCUCGCGCCGAGUUCGCGUCUGCUCUCUUGAAGGACGUCCCGGCAGAGAAGAAGGAGACCCUUGUUGACUUCCUCGUCCGCCUGUACUCUGUCUACGUCGACCUGCACUUCGCAUACCUCGAGAUCAACCCCCUUAUCUGUCUCGAUGCCGUCGAGGGCGGUCAGCCUACCAUCCACUACCUCGACAUGGCUGCGAAGCUCGACCAGACCGCCGAGUCUAUCUGCGGUCCCAAAUGGGCUAUCGCUCGCGACCUUAGCGUCUACGAGACCGCCCCUCAAUCUGUCAAGGGCAAGUCCGUCUCCGCUGACCGCGGACCUCCAAUGGUGUGGCCUGCACCUUUUGGUCGCGAUCUGACGAAGGAGGAGGCCUACAUCCAGAAGCUUGAUGCCUCGACUGGUGCCUCGCUCAAACUCACCGUCCUCAACGCCGAGGGUCGCGUUUGGACCAUGGUUGCCGGUGGUGGUGCUUCGGUCGUCUACGCCGACGCUAUUGCCGCUCACGGCUUCGCCCAUGAACUCGCUAACUACGGCGAGUACUCUGGUGCACCGACUGAGGGUCAGACGUACGAGUACGCGAAGACCAUCAUCGACCUCAUCACGCGCGGCAAGCCCCACCCCGAGGGCAAGGUCCUCAUCAUCGGUGGUGGCAUCGCCAACUUCACCAACGUCGCGGCAACCUUCAAGGGUAUCAUUCGCGCACUCAAGGAGUACAAAGCCGCCCUCCAGACCCACAAGGUCCGCAUCUACGUGCGCCGUGGUGGCCCCAACUACCAGGAGGGUCUUAAGGCCAUGCGCCUCCUCGGCGAAUCGCUUGGUGUUCCCAUUCACGUCUACGGCCCCGAGACGCACAUCACCGCCAUCGUCCCCAUCGCACUUGGCGUCAAGAAGGAGUCGGACACCAUCCCCAAGUCCAUCAGCCAAACGCCCGCUGCUCCCGUCGAGGCGAAGGAGACAUCGGAGCCCGAGCCAACGGUCGGCCAGGUCAACGCCGACGGCACCCGCCAGCAGCCAAACGACCAGAUCGCCCGCUUCGAUAAGGUUGAGACUUCUGGUCAACGCCCCGCAUUCCGUCCGUUCGACGCGACUACUCGCUCGUUCGUCUACGGUCUCCAGCCGCGCGCCAUCCAGGGUAUGCUCGACUUCGACUUCUCAUGCGGUCGCGCAACACCCUCGGUCGCCGCCAUGAUCUACCCCUUCGGCGGUCACCACAUCCAGAAGUUCUACUGGGGCACGAAGGAAGUCCUUCUCCCGGUCUACACUUCCGUUGCGGAGGCUGUCAAGAAGCACCCCGAGGUUGAUGUCGUCGUCAACUUCGCCUCGUCGCGCUCCGUGUACUCGAGCACGCAGGAAAUCCUCGAGUUCGCGCAGAUCAAGUCGAUAGCCAUCAUCGCUGAGGGUGUUCCCGAGCGCCACGCCCGCGACCUGCUCUUCCAGGCCAAGUCGAAGGGGGUCCUCAUCAUCGGCCCCGCGACCGUCGGUGGUAUCAAGGCCGGCUGCUUCAAGAUCGGUAACUCUGGUGGUAUGAUGGACAACAUCAUCGCAUCUAAGCUCUACCGCCCUGGAUCGGUCGGCUACGUCUCGAAGUCGGGUGGUAUGUCCAAUGAGCUCAACAACAUGCUCUCGCUCUACACCAACGGCACGUACGAGGGUAUCGCCAUCGGUGGUGACCGCUACCCUGGCUCGACCUUCAUCGACCACUUGCUUCGCUACGAGCAAGAUCCCGACUGCAAGAUGCUUGUCCUUCUCGGUGAGGUCGGUGGUGUCGAGGAGUACCGCGUCAUCGAGGCAGUCAAGAGCGGCAAGAUCAAGAAGCCUAUCGUCGCCUGGGCCAUUGGUACUUGCGCGAAGAUGUUUACGACCGAGGUCCAGUUCGGCCACGCCGGCUCAAUGGCCAACUCGAAUAUGGAGACCGCCGACGCGAAGAACUCCGCCAUGCGCGCCGCGGGCUUCAUCGUUCCCGAGACCUUCGAGGACCUGCCUGCCGUGCUCAACCAGCUGUACGAGAAGCUCGUCCAGGCCGGCACCAUCGUCCCGCAGAAGGAGCGUGACCCGCCUGUUAUCCCCAUGGAUUACAAGUGGGCGCAGGACCUUGGUCUCAUCCGCAAGCCUGCGGCAUUCAUCUCGACCAUCUCCGACGAGCGUGGUCAGGAGCUCCUGUACGCUGGCAUGCGUAUCUCCGAUGUGUUUAAGGAGGACAUCGGUCUCGGUGGUGUCGUCUCGCUGCUCUGGUUCAAGCGCCGCUUGCCACCAUGGGCUACCAAGUUCAUCGAGAUGGUGUUGAUGCUCACUGCAGACCACGGUCCCGCCGUCUCUGGUGCUAUGAACACCAUCGUCGCGACGCGCGCAGGCAAGGACCUCAUCUCCUCGCUUGCCUCGGGUCUCCUCACCAUCGGUUCCCGCUUCGGUGGUGCGCUUGACGAGGCCGCAUCGAUGUUCUCGAGCGCACGCGACACCGGCCUCACGCCGCGCGAGUUCGUCGACCAGUCACGCAAGCAAAACAAGCUCAUCUCUGGUAUCGGCCACAAGAUCAAGAGCGUGAACAACCCUGAUCUCCGCGUCGAGCUCGUCAAGGAGUACGUCCGCAAGAACUUCCCCUCGCACAGCCUGCUCGACUACGCCCUGGCCGUUGAGAAGGUCACUACGGCGAAGAAGGACACGCUCAUCCUCAACGUCGACGGCUGCAUUGCUGUCUGCUUCGUCGACCUGCUCCGCGACUCUGGCGCUUUCACGCCGGAGGAGGCCGAGGAGUAUAUCCGCAUCGGCACGCUCAACGGCUUGUUCGUUCUCGGUCGGUCGAUCGGUUUCAUCGGCCACCACCUCGACCAGAAGCGUCUCCGCGCACCGCUGUACCGUCACCCCGCAGACGACAUCUUCAUCAACAUGGCGGACGUGCAACAGCCGCGCGUGCUUGGCCGCGUGCAGUAG